AUGGCCGUCUGCGUCGCCUGCCAGAGCCCGCUGAUCAUCGAGGUCGACUACAGCGACAGCGAGGAUGACGUCCAGAUGGGCGGCUCCAGCAGCGCUGCCGCCAGCGCAAAGGAAACCGUUCCCGACGACGUGCAUCUGAACUGUGGAUGCCACUACCACUGGGAGUGCCUCUUGGAGGCAUAUUCCGUCACCGAAUGUCCCGCCUGUCGAGCUAGCAUCGUGUCCACGGCCCCCGACGGCGGCCAGCAGGUUCUCAGCCACAUCCACAACGAGGGCGGCCAGCAGCAGAAUGUUGACAUCCUGCCGCUGCUCAGCGAGGAGGGUUAUCUCAAGGCCUACCCGGAGGAACGCAAAUGUCGCGCAUUCCUCGAGUUUUGCCGCGGGGGCGACGUCGACGCGGUAAUUACCAUGCUGCAGGACGAUGAUAGCGACGACAGCGACGACGAGGACGCCAUGCAAGAUGGCCCCAGGAUUGAUAUUCUGCGCUAUCAAGAUACCCUUGGUGACAUGCAAUCCGGCCUCCACGCUGCCGUGCAGGGCGGAAGCGAAGAGAUCGUAUGGCUGCUGCUGCUCCUAGCCUCGAAAUUGGACUAUUCUCAAUUUCCCCAAGAGGUGUUUGACGUCGCAAAGCAGUACGGCGUGGAGAGAGAAGAUCAGGCUGGCAAGGAAGACAUCCGGACAUUGAGGGAUGCACAGGGCCGGACUGCCGAAGCUCUGGCCGCAGAGCUUGGAGGAGUCUGGGCCGGCUGGCCUGGCACCGGCAGGCUCGGUGUCUGA